AUGUCCGGACGGCGGCGUAUGAGGGACGAGGCGGACGACGAAGAAGAUACGCGACCUCGGCAGCGUCGCCACCAUGACGAGUCAGAUGACGCUGGUGAUUCCGAAUCAGGUGGUGAUGAUCCGGACGCCGGCGGGGAGGCAACACGGUCUGCCGACGAACAGAUGGCCAAGAAGCUAGUUCGCUACGCUCUAUCGUGCGAGUACUCGCGUGCAACGAUACGGAGAGAUGGGAUUAGGGAGAAGGUUCUCGGGAGCCAUGGCCGGUCGUUUAGGAGGGUAUUCACGCUGGCGCAGAAGCAGCUCCGGCUCGUCUGGGGCAUGGAGCUUCGCGAGCUACCAGCAAGAGAGAAGGUGACAUUGCACGAGAAGCGUAAAGGUACGCGAUUUCUGGACCCGACAGGCUUCCUUUUUCUCUUCACCCUGAUCCCUGACCAAAGAAUAGCUAUGAGCUCGAACACGCAGCCCAAGACAGGCACAGGAUCAUACAUCCUCUGCUCGACACUGCCUGCCUCGCUACGUAGCGCAGCCAUCAUCCCUCCCUCUCGGGCGCCCAGCCACGACGACGAGUCGACCUACGUAGCCUUUUACACGCUCGUCGUGUCGUGCAUAUGGCUCAACGGUGGGGAGCUGAGCGAGCAGAAGCUGCGGCGGUACCUGGUGCGGCUCAACGCAGACCACAACGUCUCGAGCGAAAAGACCGAGGCCAUACUCAAAAGGAUGGAACGGCAGGGCUACGUGGUUAGGAGGGUGGACCGGCAGGCGGCAGGCGGUGGCGGCCAGGACGGCGACCACAACACCACCUGGCACGUCGGGUCGAGGGCUAAGGAGGAGAUCGGGCUCGACGGCGUCAUUGGCAUGGUCGAAGAAGUUUUUGGCGGGACCUCGCCAGAGCUGGAGAAGAAACUGCGUGCGAGUCUGGGCAUCAGGACGGCUGCUGGAGGGAGCGAUGGCAAUGAUGCAGCCAAUGAGACCGGUAACGGCUCUACAACG